UCAGGCAAAGCUGUCGAGCUUUUAACCACGAAAAUCCGCGAGGAAUACGUCGAAGUCGGCGCCCGUCAAGUCCAAAUCGCCACAAUUUCCGCCUCAAACGUCCAAUUCCAGCUCGACCACGUGCGCAAACCCAACCAAACCUCCUUCUUCAUCCUCCUCCUAACGAACGAUUUGGACGUCCAGACGUCCAAAUUCGAGCGCGCAACCGGCGGCCAAAUCCACUUCGACGAAACCUUCACCUUCCAAGUCCAUCGCGACUUCAAAAUCAAGCUCCAACUGUGCGCCAUCUCGAUGAAAGAACCACCAAAACACUUCGCUUUGACCAAAUUCCUGCGAUGCCACAAAAUCGACAACACUUCGGCCAAACUCCAGUACAAGAACCCCAACACUUGCGAUUUCGAGGAAAGCGAAGUGUUGAAAACCUCGUUUCGAGUUGUUGCCGAAACGGAAAUCACGGUCUCGAAUUUUCACAAUACGGCCUGGAAGUUGCAACAAGAGUUUGGACUUUCCGACUACGUCCAUUUGAACACAAGGGUGGAAAAUUUUAAAAUUUGUACCCAAAAAUCGGGGUUUUUGACUUUGGGACAAGUGAACGGUUUUUGGAAGAGACAGUGGUGUUUUUUGGACGACCAUUUCCUGCAAAUUUACAACUCCCCGGACGAGGAAAGCGAGCCAAUCAAAGUUCUGGACUUGGCCAAGUGUCGCAAAGUUGGCUUGGCUUCGGAAGGGUUGUGCAAUCGACCGCGCACGUUUUUCGUCGAAAUGUCCGAUGGGGAAAUGUGUUUUUUCAUGGCCGACUGUAGCUCGGACUUGGGGGCUUGGUUGGGCGAAUUAGAGCUAGUUUUGGACUUGUUGUUGUACCAAAGUUUGUAGUAAUACGUGUAAUAAAUUUUUUAAUAGAACAAUGCCCGAUAAAU